GAGCCAGACGGUGAAUUUCUUUAUGCUGCGCGGCCCGAAACGAAAAACGCGGCCAAAAACUCUCGACGGAAUAACGCGAGUCUUUGUCGUAAUCAGUACAAAUGAAAAGUGUGUUUUGGGUUUUGUAUUGUAACGACCUUCGGAAAGGCACCAAGACAAAGCCAAGUGCAACUUUGCCAAGUGCGGAAGGACAGUUGGCAAAAGCUAAUUGACCAUAACGAGAUCAAGAUUUAUGUACCGUGCGGAAUUUUGCUAACAGCUCAAGUGAAGUGUCAAUAUCUGAGCGGUGUUUGGUGUUAACCGAUGAUUUGCAACACGCUUUAACGUUGUACACGCUUGUGUGAAGAGGCCAACAAUUAAUUGGCCAGCUCGUGUGUGCAUCUUUGAGAUACAAAACGUGCUGCAGCCGACAAUCCGACAGUCGGACGGCCCGACAGGCUGACGAGCGACAGACGACAACUGCACACAGCAGAUAGCCGAGAGCAGACAACCGACAACAGUCAAGCUGCAGCUGUUUGCAUCUCGAAAAACCAAAUCAUCGAGUCUCAAGUGGUAUCGAAGUGAAAUUUUCGUGCCAAAUUUGCAAAAUUGAAGUGCAAAUCACAACUUGUUGGCGCAAAUUGGCGACGCUUGUUUAACACUCACUCACAGCAAUUGCAAUUUCAAUAGCCAUAGCAAUUGUAAGUUGCAAAUUGCAAAUAGCAAAUAUAAAAUUUGAAUUUGAAUUCGAACUUAAGUCAAACGCAAUCUGAAUUGCAAUUGCAAUUCAUGCCACGGCAAAUACUACUUGAUAAUCAUCUGAUGGCAAUGGCAAUGGCACACACUUAAGACGCAUUUCAAUCAACGACAGAAAUGUUGCAUCUGAGGCUAUUCGAUAGCUCGCUCUACUAUACGCUGGCCUCCGUAUCGUCGGGCAUGUUGCCGCCUCCUCAGGCGUCGAAUGGCAGCGAGUUGACGUUGACUGGCGGCACAGCAGCUCCAGUGCCAGUGGAGGCUGCAGUUAAUCUGACAUAUUUCACACCUGCGAUCUCACACGUGAUGCUGGCGCCAACGCCAACGACCGUCAGCUCAGAGCAGACGACAAUGGCAACAACAACAACAACAGCAACAACGACGACAUCGGUCGUGGCAAUUGCGGCAGCAUCCACGGCAACGGCAACAACAACUUCACCAGGCACCGACUUCCAGGCAACAGCGACUCUGGGAAACAACUUGACAUCGCAACAUGCUGGCGAAAUGGACAACUUGAAUUCCUUCUACUUUUAUGAGACGGAACAAUUUGCGGUACUCUGGAUACUGUUCACCGUCAUUGUUCUGGGCAAUUCGGCGGUGCUCUUUGUGAUGUUCAUCAAUAAAAAUCGCAAGUCGCGAAUGAACUACUUUAUCAAACAACUGGCGUUGGCAGAUCUUUUCGUUGGAUUGCUGAAUGUGCUGACGGACAUUAUAUGGCGCAUUACAAUAUCGUGGCGGGCUGGUAAUCUGGCCUGCAAGGUCAUUCGGUUCUCGCAGGUGUGCGUCACAUACUCCUCCACCUAUGUGCUGGUGGCCAUGAGCAUUGACAGAUACGAUGCAAUAACGCAUCCCAUGAACUUCUCAAAGUCAUGGAAACGGGCUCGUCAUUUGGUCGCUGGCGCCUGGCUGCUCUCGGCGCUCUUCUCGCUGCCCAUAUUGGUGCUUUAUGAGGAGAAGCUGAUACAGGGCCAUCCACAGUGCUGGAUUGAAUUGGGCUCACCCAUGGCCUGGCAAGUUUAUAUGAGUCUGGUAUCGGCAACAUUGUUUGCAAUUCCAGCCCUAAUAAUCUCCGCCUGCUAUGCAAUUAUUGUGAAGACUAUAUGGGCCAAAGGCUCCAUAUUUGUGCCCACAGAACGCGUAGGUUUCGGUGCGGCUGCAACGCGACGUGCCAGCUCCAGGGGCAUUAUACCACGCGCCAAGGUUAAAACGGUGAAGAUGACGUUGACGAUUGUGUUUGUGUUUAUCAUCUGCUGGUCACCCUAUAUCAUCUUCGAUCUGCUGCAGGUCUUUGGCCAAAUACCGCAUUCGCAGACUAACAUUGCCAUUGCCACAUUCAUCCAAAGUCUUGCACCACUAAACUCGGCCGCAAAUCCACUUAUAUAUUGCCUGUUCUCCUCACAGGUAUUUCGCACACUCAGUCGUUUUCCGCCCUUUAAGUGGUUCACCUGCUGCUGUAAAUCCUAUCGCAACAACUCGCAGCAGAAUCGCUGUCAUACAGUGGGCCGACGCCUGCAUAAUAGCUGUGAUUCCAUGCGCACACUGACCACUUCGCUAACGGUAUCACGUCGUUCCACCAAUAAGACAAACGCCCGUGUGGUCAUCUGUGAGCGACCCAAUAAGGUGAUUACAGUUCCGGCCAUGUCGGAGGUAUGAUAGCUGGCGCAUACGACCCGUAAGCGUUCAACGUUUGCGGUCCACGGUCCGACAUCGUUCAGUGAUGCGGAGUUUCUGUAAGCAAAAAGAAAAAUAAUACCAGGCAGGUUCAUACGAGGCUUAGACAAUAAGAGCGACAGUUGUGUAUGCAUAGCGGAAACUUCAUGCAAAUUACUAUUUACCUAUAUGUAGAUAUUCUACGAAUUUCAAUGCAAGCAUCCCCCUCUGCAAUCUAUAGUAUCUUAAGUAUUUAUGCAUUAGACUAUAAGUGAUACGUAUGAAUUAUUUUUAAUAACUCAAUGAGUCUUUGUAACGAAUGCUGUUUUAGCAUCACAACUUUGAGGGGCAUAAUCAACUAAAAAGUUAUUCUGUCAGUUCCUUACGAAAUAGUUUAUUAUACAUCUUUAUAUCCUUUUAAAAUUAUUUAUACACGGAAUACUUUAAAUUUGAAUUCAAUUUUGGAAUCCUGUGCCAAGUGAUGUUAGAUCAGCAGUCAUCAAAUUUUACAACACUCCUACAAUUUAUCAGACUGAUGUUAUUUAUUUACACGAAAUUCAAAAUAGUUGCAUUUCUUUUAAGCCCAACUAAUUGUAAAGCCAACUAAGUAUUUAUACUCUACUCUAUACCUAAUCCUAAUCGUAUCUCUAUUCUGUCAACUACUAUACAUAUAUACGCAUAAGCAUCGUUUGUACAUAAACAUCUCAUAGUCAUUGUACGUCUGAAGUGCGCAGCGUACAAAAGUUCUCCAAGCAUGAAAAACCAAAAGCUAUAUAUACAUAUAUAUUAUACACCAACUUGUAACUAAAGCAUAAGAGUUAAUAGAGCAUAACGUUUUAGUCAAUUCGAUUUAAGCUAAUAUUUAUUUCAUAAUUAUGUGCAUAAAGCGGGGAGAAUACAAAGAAUAAAGGUCA